AUGCAAAAAUCUAUAAUAUUUUUUGUUAUACAGACAUUCACACAUUCAAUUGAGCAGAGUACACAGAAGUUGAUAGCAGAAAAACAGAAGAGUGAUUUACUUCUCUCCCGAAUGCUGCCACUGCCCGUCUUAAGAAGAUUACGAGCUCAGAGAGCAGUACCGGCAGAGGCGUUUGAUGCUGUCACUAUAUUCUUUAGUGAUAUCGUCGGCUUCACCAACAUAUCAGCUAGUAGCACUCCCAUGGAAGUGAUUAAUAUGCUCAAUAUGCUUUACAGGUUAUUUGACGAGAAAAUUACUCAUUACGACGUGUACAAAGUGGAGACGAUAGGUGACGCUUACAUGGUUGUGUCUGGCCUUCCUCAAAGAAACGGCAACCGCCACGCGUCAGAGAUAGCAGAUAUGUCGCUGUCUCUGUUGCGCAGUUUGGAGGGCGCUUGUGUCCCGCACCGGCCGGGGGCGCCACUUAUGAUUAGGGCCGGUGUAAACACUGGACCCUGUGUGGCUGGAGUGGUUGGGACCACUAUGCCACGUUACUGUCUCUUCGGAGAUACUAUUAAUACUGCUAGCCGGAUGGAGAGCACUGGCGAAGCAAUGAAAAUUCACAUUUCAUAUACAACGAAAUUAGCACUCGAUGAGAUCGGGAACUACGAAUUUGAGACAAGAGGUCCAGUCAAUAUAGCGGGUAAGGGGUAUAUGGAAACGUACUGGCUUGUCGGCAAGGUCGGCGAAUUCCGUAGCGAAAGCCCAAGGGGCCCACAACUUCAGGAUUACCAUAAUAACCUAAUGGAAUUGCUCAUUCGAACGUAA